UCGGCUCCCCGUGAGCGACCUCGAGUCCUCGACCAGACAUCGGGCUUCAUCGAUCAUCCACCUUUCCACCUCACGCCAAAUCCCCAAAACACUCAAAUUCCUCUACAAAGAAAUCGCUACCCGAGGUUUCAGAGGCUGAUAACAUUGUAGCCGUGAGAACUAUAAUUUUACUGCUGCCAGUGCUAAGUUUGUUUCCUACUAAUUCCUAGUGGUAUGCUGUCGUACGCACAGCCCUUUAGCACUUUGAUGGGUUUGCCAAGUGACAGAAGUGGCGGUUCUGCCCUUUCUGCCGGCUGUGUGGGCACAAUUGCUCUGCCCGGCACUAUAUAUAUGCUUGUGGCCCCACUGGACUGACGACCCGCCAGUACAACAGACUUCCUGAUAUUCAAACUUGGCUUUUUCCUUUGUCUGAAAUGUCAAUGGCAUCGCGGUUCUUCUCCCUGAUACCGAGUAUAUUCACCUACACUACUGUCGAGGGCUCAGACAUUCCAAAGCUGCACACAUCGUUGGUAACAUAUAUUCGGCAGCAGCAAUUGGCAUCCAUUAUUGAAGAACUUAAUGAUUGCAAUCGGCCACAUUCCUGUAUUGCUUGUACAGGUGGCCACGGGAUUGGAAAGUCGGUGCUCGUCCUCCAAGCAGUCCGUGACCCAUCUGUUUCCGCCACCUUUCAUCGUCGUUGCUGGAUCGAUUGUCGCGUCCUCACCGACACAUCAAACUUCCUUGAAAUUUUGGCCAGGAAGAUGGGUAUUCCUCAUACCGAGUUUUCCCCAUCUACGUGCGAAGCCCAGUUAGAGACACUAGUCGCUGCGAUCCGACGGCUUGCUGUCGUACGUCGAGUUAUCGUGCUUGAUGAUUUGGACUACCUUUACGCCCUCGAUAAAUCAUUCACGGAUGCGGUCAUCAAGUCACUCUCAAGCAUUGACAAACUCGUCCUUGUUUUGACUAUCAUUGGCUGGACGUCCGCUCCGCCCCGCGAGAUAGAGUGGUUCUUGCAGCUGAAACCUCUCUCUCUAGAGAUGGCGCGAUACCUUUUCCAAUCAGUUUACCCAGUUCCCCUCCAGCGAGAUGCGCUGGACAAACUCUUGGCACGUGUUCGGGGGAUACCCAAAUACAUCAUGAUCCUUGCCGAUCUCGCAUUCCGGAGUCGGCUUCAGCUCAAGGACUUGGUCCAGAUUGUUGACGACCCACAAAGCAAUCUUUUGGGGACGCGAACUGAUCACGAUGUCAAAUCUUUGGAAGAAUCUAUUCGUGCAUAUCCGCCAGAGGACAGGCUUGAUCACCAUGCACUCUAUGUAUUACGUUUCCUUGCCUCGCUACCCGGAGGCAUAUCACAAAACCAAUUGCAGACACUGGUCGGAUUACCUGUGGAUAUAUUCGCCUCGGCUUGUCAACAGAUGUCAGCCUUAGCCUACUUCGACAGCGAGCCUGGUGACCUUCUCGUCCUAUCGAGACCCCUCCGAGAAUACGCUACCCGUACUUCCACAUUGGAUCACCAAACCCAAGAUAUCUUCCUUAAACAGCUCAUUGCGCUCAUCGAAAAGAAGGGAAGUCUUCGUCCCGGGACGCCCGACUUCCGUCAAACUGUUCAGCAGUUCACGGAACAGAAGAUCAAUAUUGAGAAUAUUCUCUUCACCUUCCUCGACGUUGAUUCCCCCAUCGCCGUCGAAGCUGCCUUGCUGUUUUUGAAGCCGCGAUGUGCAGUGAAACCCUCUUUGAAACUGGCGGCCAAGGUUGUGGAAGUCGCAGAGAGGAAAAAAAUGCAUCUCCUUCCUUAUGCCCUCCAAACCGAGGGGGAAGCCCGAUACAACAGUGCAUUUUUAGGGGGUGCUGGGCUGCUUGCGAGAGCAGAGGCCCUCUUCAGCACCUUCAAGGAUGAUGCUAGUGUUGUAGGCGAGAUGGAAUGCCGUGUUCUCCGGACAGAGUCCGCUGUUCGUGGGCGCGAGGACUUGAAUCCUAAGGAAGAGUGGAAACAAGCGGCAGAGUACGCGCGCGUGCGCUUGUCAACUCUGAGCAGCGAAACCGGAAAGCGGGGCCAUGCGCACAAUCUCCUGACACUUGCUCAAUUGUCGAAAGACACCAAAGAACGAAAUCUACUGAUCGCGGACGCUCAUACUCUCUUCAAGGAUUUGGAAGAUGGAUACGGGUUGAUCCUGUGCGACUUCUAUUCUGCAGCAUCGGUGCACUGGCAGUCGUUGGUCAACUUGGCCCAAAAAUUCCAGGUCUUCAGGGACUUCGAAAUGGCGGCGACAUGCUAUAAGAUUGCAUUCCACUCCGUCAUUCGGUCGAUUAUUCAAGGCGCCCCCAGGAACAUGACACCUAUAGUAGAAUAUAUCAAGGUCUUUGGAAUGAGGGAACCGUUCCUCAAGGCGGUCACCCAUCUGCCCCAACUCCUCGAUUUGCUGAAGAAAGCCAUUGAACUUUAUGAGCUUCUGGGACGGAAUCUUGACGUCGCAUUCUGCCAAUACCACCUCGCCCAGCUUCUUCCACCUGCGGAGGCCAUCGAUCUAUAUUCCAAAGCCAUUUACCAGUUCGCGUUCUCCGACUUUACCCAUCAUCGCGACCGCGGCACCCUCGACCAGUGCUACUCGCUGGUUGAGGCGGAAGAGUACUCCGCAGCCGUCCCAAUCCUUGAAAUUCUGCAAUUUCAGAUAGAAUACUGCGGCAAGAACUUUCAGCUGCGCUGUAAAGAGUUGCUUGCCGAGUGCCACUGCCGGUUGAAUGCGAGGCGCCCGGCUCUUCAGGCUGUAAGAGAAACCAUCAAGAUCAUGGAGGAGUCCAAGGUGAGUCCGGAACUGCAACUGCAGAAGUACAGGCAGCUAUUGGCCGCUCUGGAUGGUACAAACACCCUGCCUUCGAUUGCUUUCUGUGAAACGGUAAAUGAGGGGCACGCCAGGAUUGUGGAAGUAGAGACGAACGACGAGGAGAAGGAGUAGUUUUGAAGCUCGGAGUUUGCAUCUAGUUAUCGGUGUUCCAGAAAUCAGUUGCCGGCUUAGUUAUAUUGUUCGAUAUAGCCCAGUGUACAUGACCCAGCUGAGUAACACCUAUUCCCACACUUGUUAGUAAGGUAUUAUUAACUGCUCAGG